UGUGUCUUUUCAAUUCAAAAGCUGAAGAAGAAGCCAAAGUGGACUGGCCAAAUUUCCAAUGACUGACUUGCAUUCCUUGUUUGAAACUCAAGCUCUCUAAAACACCCAAACACAACUUUCAACCAUCUUCUUAAAUCUUCAGAGAGAGAGGACACAAAUAGCUAAAGAGAGAGACAGAGACAGAGGAGGAUGACUUGUUUUGUGCCCUUCAACAACAGAAAUUUGGAUAUAAGCUUCUUUGUUUUCAGGCCAACAGUGGUACUUGUUGAUGAACUAGUGGAUGCCCUCAAACACAUCUCUUUAUGCACUGAAAGCCUUGGUUGUGUUCAUAGUGCUAUUUUUAAGAGCAUCCAUGGCAAUAUGAUCAUAUUGUUUGGAGCAUGGAUGAAGAGGUCUAAUGAGAACAAGGAGUUAUUAACUGCAGCCCUUCUAUCAAUGUUAACAAAUGUAUCAAGCAUGGCCAUCUUAAUUGAUCAUUGCUUUUUCGAUGCAUUUGCCGGAGAAUCAAUGGACGGCUCCCCAGCCGCCAAAUUCUCCACCGGGGACACAAUUUCCAUGAAUGCAGCUGUGCUUACUAGUGACGACAUCAGUGAAAAUGACCUCUCUUAUGCAUGCUUAGCCAUAUUCAAAUCCCGGAUCACGAAGAUGGAUGGUGCUGCUGCUGGUGUGUGCUUGAAAUCCCAAGGUCAGCCGAGGGUCAUUGCUGUUUGCGUAUGGAAAUCCCUGCAGUCCUGCUACUCAUGGAUCCUAAAUACGGAUUAUAGGAAAACGGUUCUACCAUACUUUGAUCGGGUUUCGAUUGAUCUCAAGUAUGACAUCUUUAGGGUUGUUUAUGUGAGUGGUGACAAUGUACUAAACUUUCAGCUCAUCCCUCCUCAUCAAUUGUUGGAAAAUAGUGUAGAAAGUAAUGGAAGCCAGGUAAUGCAGGAUUGAUGGAUAUGUAACUUUUUGGUUUGCACCCAAAUUUUGAUUUUGAGAUUGAUUCAAUUCAUGGAGUGUAAAAAACAAGAGAUGAAGUAUGUUUGUUGUUGGUUUAAAGGAAAUAGGAGUCGCAUAUUGCAUUCUACUUCAGAUUUUAUAGUAUAAAAUCAAAUUGAACUCUUAUCUAAAUGCAAGUGUUACAAUUACUAAUUUCUGUGA